AUGUGAGUAAAAUUAUAAAGUAAAAAUCUGCAUUGAAGCCGUGCACUUUCUUCUUCUGUAUCCGUAUAAUACGUUUUAUUAUAAUAUUAUUAUUAUUAUUAUUAUUAUUAGUAGUAGUAGUAGUAUAUGUUUUCAAUGUAUACAACUAAAGACAAAUGAGCACGUGAAAGGGGCGGGGCUUGCAACAGUUCUCAUUCCGACACAGUGUUCAUUACGAUUCAUUUUUCGAUUCUUCCUUUUUUUGUAUUUGAACUUUUAACUUUUUUGUCUUUCAACUCGGCAAGUUUCAUCUUUGAAGGUUUUACACUGUAUAAUUAUGCACAAAAUAACUAUGAAUUAUUUCUGCGCGUGUGCGUCAAAUAAUAACGUAAAAGAUCCGAUAUUCCUGCUUGCGAAUCGAUUCGCACAUCCGACUCACUUUUAAAGAGUCGCUUAUAAAGUGAUCCGAUUCAGCCAAGAAGAAGCUUAUCAAGCUCACUCAUCUGUCCUUGCCUGUUGGAAUAUGGGAGUAUAUUUACAUGUUCCUUUGGGGGGUUUUUUUGGUCUUUUGCAGUUUUAUCGUCAUAAAGAAACCUAAAAUAAUUUCUUUGGUGUAAUUUUAUCCAGAAUCCUGCUGCUAUUUUUUGUUUAGUUUAUUUAAAGAUAUUGACAUCAAUGUCUUAUUGCCUAGUGGCCCUUCUGCUCUGGUGGAGAUUAACAGGCUCAGAUUGUUUUCUAUCCAUGUGGCCCAAUGGACCUACGAUGGUUAGUGCUUUUGUGGGCACCAACUUUACACUUGGAGUUUCGUACAGCGACGUCACCUCCCCUGUAGUGACAUGGCAGAACGGGACGUUGGUUCUGGCCUCGUGGACUAUAGGACAGAGCAACCCUCCUGACAUCAACCCAACAUACAGAAGCGUCUUAUCAGUGGAUCAGACCGGAUCUCUUGUCUUCCAGAACAUUCCGGUCAGCUACAGUGGGACAUACACAGCAAAAAUGGCAAAAUCUGGGAAUCCCGAGGCCUCGGUCGACUUUACAGUAUUGGUGUACAACUUCAUCACGGACGUUUCUGUGGUCACGGCUUCACAGGAAGUGGUAGAGGGAGGAGCGCCGUUCACGCUGUCCUACAGCUUCAGGCAAGGACCAGUCAUGACUUCAACGUGGUAUUUUGAAGGCUCAGGGUUGGUGAACGGCUCUCGGUACCUGAUAACUGGCAAGAGUCUGAUCAUAAAUCAGCCGAACCGCAAAGACUCGGGACUCUACAGCGUGACACUGACAAAUCCUUUCAGUAACGUGAACCAGAGUAAGAACAUCACGGUGCUGUACGGACCCGAUAAGCCGGUUUUGGAGGUCAGUCCUACAAAAACAUCCUUUGUUCCCGGAGAGACUGUGACUCUGUCGUGUCGAGCCGAAGGUGAACCGACUCCCUUGGCGUCGUGGCUGUUUAACGGACAGGAGCUGCCCAGCUCCAAUGGCAUACUGGAGCUUACUCAUGUUCAGUUGAGUCAGAGCGGCGUUUACAAGUGUGUCCUGAUUAACAUCAGGACCAACGUGCUUCUUACCAGGAACGUCACUGUAAACAUCCAGGGUCUUAGCAGGUCAGCCGUUGCUGGUAUUGCUGCCGGAGUCCCGUGCCUCAUCCUCCUGCUGCUCCUCUUCGCAGGCCUCGUCCUCCUCUGUUACCAAUGUUAUAAAAAGAAAGCAAGGAAUCGGGAUCCCAGAUAUCCUGUCACGAGAACUGUGAAGAAAGCUGUAAUCAGUCAGCCGAAUCUGACCAAACCUCAGCACCUGCUGACCAACUGCAUUAAACAGCCUCCAGCCUACAAUCACCAUCUGGUGCUGAAUUUCACCACCACAUAUCAAUUCAUUUUCUUUUCUUUUUUUAAUAGUCUUUUGGCACCGAGCGAACGUUCAGGCAGGCUGCCAUUAGGGAUUCCCCCAGUCCGAAUGGCCACUACGGUGUAACACUCCCUUCACCCUUCGACUCGACUGGUCCAAAUUUUUCAGCAAGCUGAACAUUAACCCAAAAACAAUGAACAGUCCUUGUUCUUUACUCAGCUCUGCAACUUCCUCCAGCCCCAGAGAGCGAACAACUCAACAAACACUACAGAAAAUGUUCCUUAUACGUAUAUUUUUGUGACGUAUUAUUGGUAUUGGUAUUUUUAUCAAGUUCAUUUUUAUUUGUACAUAUUCUAAAUAAAAUUUCGAUGUAUAAAUUACAUUUUUA